CUUUAUAUUAGGACCAUCGUGUUAACGUUGAGAGAUACUUUCCUCUCUUGAUCUAACGACCACUUGAACGUCUGUCCUUCGUCCUUGCCGGCCUCUGAUCUCUUUCUCCGGGUAACAAAUGGCCGCAUCCCACUCCGCAUCAACAAGCAACCCUCCCCAACAGCACUCGCCAUCAAGAAAUCCUGAUCCUCCAAUAUCAUCAGAUUCCAACAGAAGCAAUCAAACAUGUGCCGAGACCAGAGACGUGGAAGAACUUGAAUCUUCGAUUCGAGAAAAGCUUUUCCAGACGUAUCUACCACCCCCAUCUCACUGUUCCAUAUUUAGAGUUCCAAAUAUGCUACGCAGCCAUAAUGAAAAGGCUUUCCUGCCGGAAGUAGUUUCAAUCGGUCCAUUUCACCGCGAGAAUGAGCAGCUGCAAUCAAUGGAAAUUACUAAGCUACGGUAUUUGAAAUGCCUCCUUUAUCGAACAGGAACAACGGAAUUGAAGAGCUUGGUAGAAGCCAUCCAAAGUAUUGAGCAGGAUUGCCGUGAAUAUUAUGCAGAAGUGGUUGAUCUUGGUAGUAAGAAAUUCAUAGAGAUGAUGCUGAUCGAUGGUUGCUUUAUCCUUGAAUUCCUCUACAGAUAUAAGGCCAGAUAUUUUGGGGAAAUAUCGAUGGAACUAAAAGAAGGAGAGGAUGAUCCCAUGUUCAAAACGUCAUGGAUGCAAAGGAAAAUAGUAGCAGACUUGCUUCUACUCGAGAAUCAACUUCCUUGGUGUGUGCUCGUCUGUUUGCUCAAACUGUUCAACUCAACAACAACUGAGUACGGGAACUCCCGACUUGUUGAUCUUGUUGCCUGUCCUUUUUUGGAGUACAGAAUGUUCGGAGAGCGUAACAGGAUUAAUUCCCCCUCUGGAACACUUCCACACAAGCAUUUACUCGAUUGCUUCCGAGCUCAGUUAGUUGAAUCAUGCGGGCCUAUAGAAACUCUAUUACCGCUUCCAUAUACAUGGAAGGAAAGCUUAAUGUGGAAAUCCAUUUCGUCCGUGACGGAGCUUUUGGACUUUGAAAUUGGUUUCUUUGCAGCUACGGUCAGAGAUAGCUGCAUCCUCGAUGUAAAGUUCGAAGAUGGCAAAAUGAAAAUCCCAGAAAUAUUUAUAGAGGAGAACACAGAAUCUUUGUUCAGAAACCUCAUCGCAUUUGAGCAUUGUGAUCCCAGUAUGGGCACUCAAGUCACCUCUUAUGCUGCGAUCUUGGGUUGCCUUAUUAAGUCACCCGCAGAUGCACUUCAUCUCAAACAGAGACAUAUUCUACAUAUUGGUUGGAGCAACGAGCUGGACGACCAAGCAAGUUUCUUAAACAGGCUGAUUUAUGAUAAUCAUACUUGUUUCCCUGGUUUUCACUACUCAGACCUCUGCCUACGUUUGAACGGACAUCAGUCCCGAAGAUUUAACGUCUAUCAAGCUACUCUGAGGCGGGAUUACUUUAAAGAUCCAACGACGUUCUUUACUCUGGUAUAUGGAAUCGCGUUUAUGCUAUUUCUUGGUAUUUUACAAACGAUAUUUGCUAUCCUCUCCUACUAUAAGGACCAGUAAUGCUAUCUG